AUGUCAGCUAUAAACUCAUUCACAUAUGCACCAACCCUACAACCCACCCAGUUAUAUUCAAUGAGAGUACAAUUUGCAUCUGAUUAUGUGUGUGAGAGGGUUUUCACAAAACUUGAUGCAAAACACAGGGAGGAGUUGCAAAGUUUUGUAUGUCACACCUCAUCAGAAGGUUUAUAUGGACCACUCAGAGGACAUCUUUUUGAGAUGAUUGCCCAUCAAAUGUUGGCACAGGGAGGAUCAUUCAACAUUCGCUGUUUAUCUAGGAACAAUGUUUCCCAAUCAGUGCUUGACAUGAACCAAAUGGCCAGCAUGAAAUUUGAUGUUGUUAGUGAUAUUGAAAAUGGCAAGUGCUGCAGGCCAAAACGAAAGAAUUUUAAUUCAGUAGAUGCAAUUGUUGCUCCUGACAAGCUCUUUCAGAUAACCACUAGCAGGCAUCAACCUAUCAAAAUGAAUGGCUUGAACAAAACUAGCACUGGGAAGUGA